AUGUCCCAAGAUGGGGAUGCAGAAGGCUCCAGUGCAGAGGACUGUGUUCGCAGUCCCCAACACAGCUGUGCAGUUUUCCAGGAGGACAUGGAACGAGCCAGCUCCAUGCCAGGCCUGCCAGGGGCAAGGUCUGGGGCCCGAGUUGGGGCUGGCAGCAGGAAGAGGGUGCUCAGGAAGAAGGCCCAUCUAGGUGCCAGCUCCCAGGCUGGAGACACUGCUGGGGCUGUGGGACAGAGCCAGGAUUCCCCACCUGGCCCCAGGCUGCACAUGCAACUGCCCAUGGUGCCUGCUCAGGGGAGGGCUCAAGCCUUCAAGAGGCUCCAGGUUUCUCUGUACGACAUCUUAGCUGAAAGUUGCCCCCAGAAUCUUUGUGGCUUGUCUGCAGGUCUCACAAAGAGAGCUCUGUUUGGCAGGGAGGGGUUGGCAGGGGUAGAGGAGGUGAGCUGCCCCAGGCCCAAGGAAGCAGGAGAUGGUGGGAUGUAUUCUCCAGGGUGUGAUGGACAAAGCCCCAUACUCCACAGAAAGAAGCCCCCUGAAAGGGGCCUGCCAUCCUCACCAGCCCCAGCCCGUGUGAGAGCGAGAAAGAAACGGAGGAAGUGUGGGGUCUGUUCAGAGGGUGGGGAGAGCGCUGGUGGCUUCUUGGGGCUUGAUCAGAGCCCUGGUGACGACAACCCCCAUUCUGUGGGAAGCCCUUCCCAAGGUGCUGACCUGGAGUCUGUGGGAGGCCCCCACAGACCUCUCUCUCCCCAGGACACUGGGUCUGAUUCUGUAGAUCCAGGUGGAAGCUGGGAGGGAUGUGCCUCAGGGACUGAAAAGUUUGAGUAUUUGCUCACUGCAGGAAAUAGGGCACAGCCAGGCAGCCCUUGUAGGCUCUCAGUGCCCAGUGGAGGAGAGUCCCCCAGGCCAGUCGCACAGGGUCCUCCACAGAGCCCUGCACUGUGCCUGGGGAUGUCUGCAUGGGCUUCUGCAGCUGAGCACAUCAUGGGGACUGGCAGCAACGAAGGCUCUGCUGCUUCCCACGACCAGGAGGAGUUGGAGGUCAGGACUCAUCCAGCGUCCAGGGGAAGGCUGGGGCAAGGACUCGCUGUCCCUGCUGAUGCCUGUGCCAGCUCCCUAGAGCCCUCGGGCAGCCUCAGCUCCUGCUUGGAGCCUGCAGCCAGCAAGGCCUGCUCAGGCCCAUUCAGGGGACAGAGAGGAUCCCAGUAUGCUAGGAAGCCGAGCGGGGGUCCAGUGCCCUGUGUCCAAGAGCAGGGCACAGACAGAAGCUCAGACAACUCCACCCAGGAUGAGCCAGAGGAAUCCAGCGCUGGAGGCUGUUCCAGACUGGAGGAAGUGAAAAUGCCCCAUGGGGUGAAGCCUGUGUGUUAUGUCGGUUCUGGGGCCGUGAUCCAGCUCCUGGGGACCAUCAGCUACAACCAGGCAGGCGGGCGGCAGUUGCUGAAGCUGGAGGCUCUGGAGGACUUGGAGAUCAGCUCACCCUCACCUUCCCAGAGGUUCAGAGGGAAGGAAAGACCCAUAGCUCGGGGCUCUGCUGGGUGUCAGAUUUUGCAGCCGCCUCCUUUAGGAGGCACAGCAAGGGACUCUGGUGACCUCUCUGACCACUUCCACCCUCCAGGAAGCCAUUCCCUGUCCCUCAGGGACCCCACCUCUGAUGCUGAGUGCUUCUGACUUGGCCCAGUGGAGGCUGAAGAGGAGAAGCCUCUCCAAGCGGGGGCAGAGGACUCAGCUCGACUUCAGCUUCGACAGGAGAAGCUACCCCUGGGAAUCAGGAUACGGAGCCGUGUGGUCCGUGCCCUGCAGAAGGUGCUGUGGAGUCGCGUCCAGGAGCUUCCAGAGCAGCUGCUGAGUGAGGAGAUGGUGGAGGACGUUGCUGCUGGCAUCGAGGCAGCCCUCUUCGACCUGACACAAGGCACCAACUGCCGCUACAAGGCCAAGUACCGCAGCCUGCUCUUCAACCUGCGUGACCCCAGGAACCCAGACCUGUUUCUCAAAGUGGUUUGCGGCGAUGUCACCCCCCAUGACCUGGUGCGGAUGAACUCAACCCAACUGGCCCCCCAGGAGCUGGCCUGCUGGCGGGACCAGCAGGAGAAGAGGGUCCUGGAGAUCAUUGAGCAGCAGCAGAAAGAGCCACGCAGACUUCCAGCCUCCAAAAUGACCCACAAGGGAGAAGUCGAGAUCCUGAGGGACGUGGACCAGACACUAACCCUGGAGGCUCUGGUGGGACCCAUGGUGUCCCCAGACUGCAGCCCACUGGACCUGCCUGCCACAUCAGAAGACACCACAGAGCAGCAUGAGCACCACUUCCUAGACUCCAACUGCCACAUCUGCACGGAGUGGAAGUCCUGGACGGAGCUGUCAGGCUCCUUAAAGGACACCAGGAGCAGAGAGGACAAUGUCUUCCAGAGAGCCCCAAGCCCAGCUCCUGUGUUCUCUCCAGAGAUGCCCAAAGCCAGGGAGAUGCCUCCCACAGAGCCCCAGGACAGGGUCCUUCCCUCCAGGCUCCAGAUGCCUGCUGGACCCGCAAAGGCCCUGCCUAGUCAGCCACCCUGGGAGGGCACCCUGUACAUGUUCUCCAUCAAGCAGUUCCGGGUCAAGGCUCAGCUGGUCUCGGGACAGAGCUGUCGGCUCAUCCAGGCUCUGCCCGAGGUGAUCCGCUCAGCAGGCUGCAUUGCCCCCAACACUGUCUGGGACCUGCUGGCCAGCAUCUGCCCAGCCGAGGCCAGGGAUGUCUGUGCAGUCAGACUAUGCCCACACGGGCCUCGGGACACCCAGAACUGCCACCUGCUCUACUCCUACCUCAACAGCAAGCAGCGCCACGGCCUGGGAGCUGUGCAGCACAUGGGUGUGGUCCUGCUGCCCCUGCCUGCCUUCCAGCCCCUGCCCACCAGACUGCGCCCUCUGGGGGGCCCAGGUCUGGAAGCCACUCACUCAAGCCUGUUGCUGGCUGUGCUGCUCCCUAAGGAAGGACUUCCGGACACAGCAGGGUCCAGCUCUCUGUGGGGAAAGGUUCACAAGGUGGUCUCCUUCAACAGGAAAGUGGAGAAGAGAUACUACCAGCCAGAGAACAGGAGGCCGGAUGUGGCUCUGAAGGGCUCCCCUUCCCCAGGGCGUGCCCUGCAGCAGAGCCAGGGCAAGGACAGCCUGGCUCCAGGGGGAAUUUGUGCUUGGCAGAGACUCCCCAGAGGCAGGGGGAGACUGUGGGCAGAGGCUGAAGCCUGGCGGGGUUCUGAGCAAGGGCAGUGGCCUCAAGAACCAGGCUGGUGCCAGUCCUGGCAUCCCUAUUCAGCAGCACCAGCUGUCCAUGGUUUUGGCCGUGGCCAGCACCUCCAUACGGCCUCCUGUCCCCACCAAGCCCUGCUCCAGCACCUUGAAUCCCUGGUGACCAUGAGUCAUCAGCUCCAAGUCUCGCUCUUAUCCCCUGGCCAGGAGAUGCUUCCAGCACCCUCUGCGGCAUCUGCCCAGCCCUCCCCAGUCCCUGGGAUUCUUGGCCCCCUCUGCCAGCCCAGUGCAGCUCCAGAGCCCCCCGGCCCAGCCCCUGACACCUCCUUGGGCCCUACAGAGAGAGCUGACUCUUAGUGUCCCCUCCCUAGAGAGACCUGACCCUCUUCACCCACUAGAACAGGGGCUUUGAUUCUCUCACCAGUGCUGAACCCUGAGGAGUUUCAGGGAGAGGCAGGGGUGGAGGAAGGGAAGGGUCAGCUCUACCCACUUGCCCCGUUUGAGUUUCCUGUUCUGCAGUCUGUUUGGUGUAGAUUUUUUGUUCAAUAAAGAAUUUGGCAAAGUUGGAA